AGAGAGAAUAUGGAGAGUGUGGCAGUGUUUGGCGGAGCAAGUCCGAGUUUUUCCUCAUCCCUUCAACGCUCAACCCAGACAACAAGUCCCACCUGCUUAUCCUACGCCCAACCCAACUCUAACCUGCGUACCAUUCACCAAAAGCUAGCAGCUUUCCCGACUCAUCUUUUCUCCUAUUUCCAAUCCCGUCCUCAUGCUAAAACUCCCGCCAAACCCCGCAUCUUUCUCCCACACCUGGUUGCUUCCCUGGAACAGGUUGAGGAGACAUACAUAAUGGUGAAGCCUGAUGGUGUUCAACGUGGCCUUGUUGGAGAGAUAAUCUCAAGGUUUGAAAAGAAGGGAUUUAAACUGACUGGCUUGAAGCUCUUCCAGUGCCCCAGAGAUUUGGCAGAGGAGCAUUAUAGGGAUCUCAAGUCAAAGUCAUUCUUCCCUAAGUUGAUAGAGUACAUUGUAUCUGGCCCAGUUGUGUGCAUGGCAUGGGAGGGUGUUGACGUUGUUGCAUCAGCACGUAAGUUGAUAGGGUCUACAGACCCUCUUCAAGCUGAACCAGGAACUAUUAGAGGAGAUCUUGCUGUUCAAACAGGAAGGAAUGUGGUUCAUGGGAGUGAUAGCCCUGAAAAUGGCAAGCGUGAAAUAGCUCUCUGGUUUAAAGAAGGUGAAGUAUGCCAGUGGACAUCAUCUCAAGCACCAUGGCUGAGAGAGUGAUUUCUGAAUGCUCAAUUCUAUCAACGGAUACAAUUUUGAAAAUAGUUUCCAGAGCUGUUGUAUCAUCAUGUCUUAUAAAUGUAACCUUAAACGGCUAAAUAACCCCUCUUGAAUUAUCAUAUUAACCACAGCCUCUCAAGAAAUGUUUGUUUUCUUGCAUCGAUUCUUGAUUAA